AUGUCUGAUAAAGUGUCUUUGGCUUGGGGUGUCAAGAAUGAUAUACAAGAGCUUGUUGACACCUUAAUCACUAUCAAAACUGUUCUCUUAGAUGCUGAGGAGAAACAGAUUCAUAAUCAUAGCUUGAGAGCUUGGUUGGGAAAUCUAAAGGCGGUUUGCUAUGAUGUAGAAGAUAUUUUAGACGAUGUUGAGGUGGAAGAUCUACGUAAGCAAGUGGUGAAUCAUCAGAGCAUUACAAGAAAGAUAUGCCACUGUUUUUCAUCUUCAAAUCCAGUUGCUUUCCGUUUUACAUUGGGGCAUAGAAUUAAAGAGAUUAAAAAAAGAUUAGCAAAAAUAGCAACUGAUAAGAAUAAUUUUACCCUUUUUGAGAAAAUUGGUAGCAAUCAUGUUAUCGGUUGGGAGAGGGAAACACACUCUUUUGUGCAUGUUUCAGAUGUUAUUGGCAGAGAUAAAGAUAAAGAGAUGAUUAUUGACUUCUUAUUGCAUCCAAGUGAUGGUCAUGAAAAUCUUUCAGUCAUUCCUAUUGUUGGGAUAAGAGGUCUAGGAAAAACCACACUUGCAAGAGUUGUGUAUAAUGAUAAAAGGGUGAGUGAUCAUUUUGAGUUGAAAAUGUGGGCUUGUGUGUCGGAUGAAUUUUCUCUAAAAAAGCUUUUGAUUGACAUUAUCAAUUCUGCAACUGAGGAAAAAUAUAUUCAAAAGAAUAUAGACCAAUUGCAAACAAUCUUACGUGAUAAUAUAAGGGAUAAAAAAUAUUUGUUAGUCUUGGAUGAUGUUUGGAAUGAAAACUAUGAGUUGUGGUGUGAUUUAAGAAAUUUACUAACGGAGUGUGUUAGUGGAAGUAAAAUCAUAGUAACUACCCGUAGUGAUCAUGUUGUCUCAAUUAUGGGAACUGUAUCUACAUACAAGUUAAAAGGUCUUUCUCUUGAUCAAUUGCAAAAGCAUCUACCAAGUAAUGGAAUUGGCUGCUUGAAUUAUCUUCGAUCUUUAAUUAUUCACAAUUGCAGCAACUUAGAAUAUUUGUGUGAAGAUAUUGGUCGACUGAGAGUCAUUCGAAGACUAUGGAUUUAUGAAUGUCCAAGUCUUAUCUCAUUACCACGUGGUGUAAGAAGCCUAAGCUCAUUAGAAGGACUUGGUUUGAAAGAUUGUGUAAGGCUUAAUCUAGAUUUGAGCAUAGGAUCAGAUGAGCAACACAAUCAUGAAGAACUCAAUAGCACAGGGCCUCCCCUUCGAUCGCUUCUAAUUAAUAAUUUACCACAAUUGGUGGAAUUGCCGCAGUGGCUUCUUCGGUGUUCGACAAACACUCUGCAAACCUUGCUUAUUAGUAAUUGUUCCAAGUUGAAGGCACUACCAGAGUCAAUGCAAAAACUGCAAGUUCUUGGGGUUUUGAAUUGUCCUGAAUUGUCAUCACUACCCAAGGACAUCAAUUAUCUCAUCGCUUUGAAAGAACUCAUGAUUGGUCUUUGUCCUAAACUGACGGAAAGAUGCAAACCAGAAGCAGGUGAAGAUUGGCCCAAGAUUGCUCAUAUCCCGAAGAUUCAACUUGACGGAAAGAUUAUCAAGUCAACCGAAAAUUAG